AUGCCCAAAAGCAAAAUGUAUAUCUGGACUCUGAUCAUCAAAUUAAUUUUUUUGUCACUAACUACAACGGGAAUUCUGGGAAAUUUCUCUCUGUUUUACUACUAUCUAAUCUGCUAUGGAGAAUGCAAAUUAAAGACUGUAGAUUUGAUUCACAUUCACCUAAUGGCAGCCAACACCUUGAUCAUUCUCUCUAAAGGAGUGCCCCACACGAUGGCAGCUUUUGGUUUGAAGCAAUUUUUAAAUGAUAUUCAAUGCAGAUUACUUUUGUACAUUGUAAGAGUUGGCCGAAGUAUGUCCAUUGUCAUCACCUGCUUCUUGAGUGUCUUCCAGGCCGUCACCAUCAGUCAGAAGGAAUCCUGUUGUAAGGAUCAAAAAGUCAAAGCUGCUAAGUACAUUAGCUGCACCCUUUCCAUUCUCUGGGUCUCAUACAUUUUGAUACAUUUCAUUUUCUUUGUGAAUCCACUCAUGAAAAGUUAUAGUAUCAAUAUGACAAAUAAACGAGAUUUUGGACACUGCUCUACUGCAGGGCGGGAUGGAAUCAAUGACUCACUCUAUGCAGCAUUGGUUAUGUGCCCUGAAAUCUUCUUUUCGUUGCUCAUGGCCUGGUCUAGUGGCUCCAUGAUUGUCAUUCUGUAUAGACACAAGCAAAGAGUUCAGCACAUCCGAAGCACUUGUGGUUCCAGCAGAACCUCCCCUGAGUCCAGAGCCACCCAGAACAUCCUGGCGCUGGUGUCUACAUUUCUGGCUUUUUAUACUCUCUCUGCUAUAUUACAAGGCUGUGUGGCUCUUUUGUCUAAUUCUAGUUGGUGGCUGGUGAACAUCAAUCAUGUCACUUCUCUGUGUUUUCCUUGUUUUGGACCCUUUAUUCUUAUGAAUCAUUACUCCAUGCCUAGUCUCAGCUUGGUCUGGAUAAGGAAUGUAAGCACACUCAUUCUUAAGUAUGUAAAUGAUAUAAUUCAUAUGGUAUCCAGUUGUUUAGUCACCCAUCUCCCUCACAAAGUCAGUGCAGAAAGUUAA